AAAGUUCAGCACAAGAAAGGUACUUGUUUCCUUCUAAUUGAAAAGGAAAAUAUUCUCCUUCUUAUAGAAGGUGAAUCCCGAAUGUGGUGUUUAUGGCACCGAGUUAGAUACAUUAUGAUUUUAUACUACCAAGUUAAAUACAUUACAAGCAAGCCAAAGUUUGGGUUCAAAAGAAGUGUUUCGUAAAUUAAAUUUAGAAUUGAACUUUUAAAGUUUGUAUUUAAAUAAAUUUGAAGUUGUGUGUCUAUCUUUGAUUAAAUGAAGAUUAUUUCCUUUAAUGUGAGGGGUUUGGGUGGGAUAGUGAAGAGGAAGGAAGUGGGAAAGCUGAUUAGAGAGGAAAGGCCGGACUUUCUAUUCUUGCAGGAAACGAAGUUAGAGAGGAUAGAUGUGGGUAUUUGCAAACUUUUAUGGAACUCUGAUGAGUUCGAAUGGGUUGCGAAGGCCUCGUUUGGAGCAUCAGGGGGACUGCUAUGUUUAUGGGACAGAAGGAAUUUUGUUAAGCGAGAAGAGUUUACAGGGGAUGGGUAUGUGGGAAUAUCAGGGGUAUGGGGAGUAAAUAAACAACAGUGCAGCCUAAUAAAUGUGUACGGCCCCAAUGAUAGACAGAAGAGGGUUAAGCUGUGGGAGGAGCUGAGGAAGAGGGUGAUUGACAAGGAAGGGUGGUGGUUGAUCGCAGGGGAUUUUAAUGCUGUCAGAGGGCCUGAGGAGAGGCGAGGGAGAAUAGGGGUGAGUUCAGAUAUGUGGGAUUUUGAGGAGUUCAUUGUAACAACAGGCCUGGUGGAUGUUAAAUUGACAAAUAGACGAUAUACAUGGUAUAAACCAGAUGGAACAGCAAGAAGCAGACUAGACAGAUUCUUGUUGAGUACUGAGAUGUAUAAUAGGGGAGGAGAAUGGAUACAGCAGGGGCUGCCAAGAAACAUUUCUGAUCAUUGUGCAAUGGUGUUGAAAUCCAAAUCAACAUAUUGGGGACCAAGGCCUUUUAGAGUCUUAGAUGCAUGGCAACAACAUCCAGGAUUCAAGAAGGCUGUAGAAGAUAAGUGGAGAGAGAUGGCAGUGGAGGGGUUUGCAGGGUAUAAAUGCAAACAAAAGUUAAAACUGUUGAAAGAGUUCUUAAAAGGUUGGAACAAGGAAGUAUUUGGAAACAUGGAAGCCCAGUAUGUGCAGGCUGUUAAAAAAAUAGAGCAGAAGCAGAAGUCAAGGAGCAGAUGGAUAAGAGAGGGUGACGCGAAUACCCGUUUCUUCCAUAAAGUGGCUAACGGGAGAAGGGCGCAAAAUAAUAUUGCUGGCUUAAUGCGUGAGGGGGUGUGGAUUGAAGAUCCAGAAACAGUCAAAGAUGAAAUUGUCAAAUAUUUUAGGAAUUUGUUCAAAGGUGACCCAUGGAACAGACCCAAGCCCGAGGGUAUCAAAUUUCAAAAGAUUUCAGAGGAGAAAAAAGAAUGGCUAGAAAGACCUUUUUCGAUUGAAGAAAUUGAGGAAGGUUUAAGGAGCUGUGACGGUUCAAAGGCACCGGGAUUGGAUGCGAAGGUUUUGGCUAAUAGAUUGAAAUCGGUGAUGCCAAAAAUAGUGAGUGAAACUCAAUCUGCUUUUGUGGGGGGUCGCCAAUUGGUUGAUAGUGUAUUGGUGCUGAAUGAGGUAGUAGAUGAGAUAAAGAACAAGAAACAGCCAGCCUUUGUCUUUAAGGCAGAUUUUGAAAAGGCAUAUGACUGCGUGGAUUGGUCCUUCUUGGACUGGAUGAUGGAUAGUUUUGGGUUUGGAACAAAGUGGAGAGGAUGGAUUAUGGAGUGCCUUUCAAUGGCGAGAACUUCGAUUUUGGUAAAUGGAAGCCCGACAAGGGAAUUUGAGGUUGGUAAAGGAUUACGUCAAUGGGACCCUUUAUCUCCUUUUCUUUUCUUGAUGAUUGGUGAGGGGUUACAAGGCUUGGUACAGAAAGCAAUGGCGGAAGGAAUGCUACAUGGAAUCGAGAUUGGAAAGAAAGGGAUGAUCGUGUCUUUACUUCAGUUCGCCGAUGAUACAAUAAUUAUGGGCAGAGCGGAUGCUGAGAAUAUACGAAUGGUGAAGGAUGUUUUAAGAUGGUUUGAACUUAUGUCUGGUUUGCGGAUAAAUUUUAACAAGAGCAGUAUCUAUGGCUAUAAUGUGUUGGAGAGAUGGUUAAAGGGAUCAACCGGUAUGCUACGAUGUGGAGUAGGUCAAACACCCUUUCUUUAUCUGGGGUUGCCUAUUGGCAGUAAAUCCGGAAGCAAGAAGGUGUGGGAGCCGAUGGUGAAUAAAUUUCGUGCAAAGCUAGCUGUUUGGAAGGCUACUACUCUUUCCUUUGGAGGUUGCCUAACUUUACUGAACUCGGUACUCUCUACGUUACCUAUUUUUUAUAUGUCUCUGUUUUUACUACCAAAGUCUGUUCUUGUGGAGCUGAUUAGUAUUCAAAGGAGAUUCCUAUGGGGUGGGCUAGAUUUAAAUAAAAAGAUUGCAUGGGUGAAAUGGGAAUAUGUUUGUCGUGAUAAGGUGAAAGGGGGUUUAGGGGUACCAGAUAUGCUUAGGAAAAAUUGGGCAUUGUUAGGAAAGUGGUGGUAUAGAUUAGGUGAUGGGAUUGAGAACUUAUGGAAAAGGGUGGUGAGGGAGAAAUAUUAUGGAGGUAGGAGUGAGGUCGAUAUUACAACGAUUGAGGGCCCGAGGGUGUCAAAGCUGUGGAGGGAUAUUAUUAGAAUGGGGGGUCAAUCUUCGAGACUAAAGAAUAUGCUAGUUGAGGGGUUCAAGUGGGAAGUGGGUGAGGGAAAUAAGGUGGAUUUUUGGCUAGAGUGGUGGGUUGGAGAUAAACCUCUUAGGGACUUAUGUCCAAGAUUAUACGCUCUAUUGGUUAAGAAGGAAGGAAAGGUUUAUGAAAUGGGAAGAUGGAAUGAGGGUAGAUGGUGUUGGCGUGUUGAGUGGAGGAGAGGUACCAUAGGGCGUGAGAAGGAUGAGGAGGUGGUGCUAGAGAGGGCGCUGGAGGGUGUUCAAGUGAAGGAGGGGGUUGGGGAUGUUUGGAAGUGGAGGCAUGCGAUGGAUGGCAGAUAUGUUGUAAAGAUAGCCUACGACUAUUUAGAUUCUAUGGAAGGAGUAUUGGAGGACCAGAGGUGUAAAUUAAUAUGGUGCCGGUUGGUACCAUCCAAAGUUGCUUUUUUUGGGUGGCGAUUGUGCUUAAAUAGGCUUCCAACUAAGGAAAAUCUUCAAAAGCGUGGGGUGCAAUUGCAAGAGGAAGGCCGUUAUAAGUUGCUGGAAACGGCUUAGUGUUAUUUCCUUCUCCUGUAGACUUCUUCCUAAUGGCUGUCCUGAGCUUUUCUGUUUCUUGAAUGUAGUAGGUAAAUUGUGUUGUGUAUCUUGAUUCCACCAGACUGUACUCUGUUUUGGGAGUAUUUCUUAUGCUCCUUCUCUAAUACAUAUAGUAUGUUGCU